AUUCUCCAAGAGCAAUCAUCUGGGAUCUGGUUGAUUGGUUCGACAGGGUGAUGAUCAGCGAUGAUGUACAGCCGUCGGCAGCACUUGUCGUGGAUGCUUGUUCGGUGGUCUGAUGCGGGGAAUGUUUGCUAUAUACAUACUCCGCGUACGGCGUACCUCUCUAUGUUGCAGUCACACUGAGAACCAGAUCGAGGGUGUUUGGCUUUAACUUCGCAUUUCUCUCCAUCGAAGGUAUCAGGGAAGCAGCCAGUCGAGAUGACGAAGUCUCCCUCUCUAGCCACUGCAGUUGCAGUAUUAACUCUCGCUCGAGGGAGCAAUGCGCUCGUUAGACCGGGCAAUGUGGGAAAACUACCAGCCCUAGGCUGGAACUCGUGGAAUGCGUUCGGCUGCGACAUUGAUGCGGCCAAGAUCAUGACUGCCGCGAACGAGGUCGUCAAUCUGGGCCUGAAGGACUUGGGGUACGAGUAUAUCAAUAUUGAUGAUUGCUGGUCCGUCAAGAGCGGACGGGACGCGAGCACGCAGCGCAUUAUACCCGACCCUGAGAAGUUCCCUGAUGGUAUCUCGGGCCUAGCGGACCAGAUCCAUGAUCUGGGGCUGAAAGUCGGGAUAUACAGCAGCGCCGGGCUGACGACCUGCGCUGGAUACCCUGCCAGUCUGGGCUACGAGGACAUCGAUGCGCAGACGUUCGCGGAAUGGGGCAUUGACUACCUGAAGUACGACAACUGCGGCGUCCCCUCGAACUGGACCGACGCAUACACCUACUGCGUCCCAGACCCGGGCAGUAAAGCCACAAACGGGACCUGUCCCGAUAACAAGAAUCCCGCGCCGGCGGGCUACGACUGGAGCACAUCGCUGACAGCCGAGCGAUACAGACGGAUGCGCGAUGCGUUGGUCAGCGUCGACCGCACGAUGCUGUACUCACUAUGUGACUGGGGUCAAGCGGACGUGAACGACUGGGGCGACGAAACAGGCAACUCCUGGCGCAUGUCCGGUGAUAUCACGCCAUCAUGGCCCCGUAUCGCCGCAAUCGCCAACGAGAACUCCUUCCUGAUGAACUACGUUGAUUUCUGGGGCCAUCCGGACCCGGACAUGCUGGAGAUUGGCAAUGGCAAUCUCACGCUAGCAGAGAACAGAGCGCACUUUGCGCUCUGGGCGGCGAUGAAGUCGCCCUUGAUCAUCGGGACCGCGCUCGACUCCAUCAGCCAGGACCACCUCGCGAUCCUCUCAAAUAAGGUUCUCCUAAAGUUCCACCAGGACCCGGUGGUGGGCCGUCCUGCCCACCCGUACAAAUGGGGGUAUAACCCUGACUGGACGUUUGACCCUGCUCAUCCGGCAGAGUACUGGUCCGGCGCAUCGUCGACGUUGGAUGGCACGCUGGUGCUGAUGCUGAAUUCGGAAGAUACGAAGCAGACGCGUACGGCUGUGUGGAAGGAGAUUCCUGGGCUGAAAGAUGUGCUUAGGAGGCAGGGGAAACGGCGCACUGGAUUUCGGGUGACGGAUGUCUGGACCGGGAAGGAUUUGGGUUGCGCGAGAGAUCAUUACAGUGCGGAAUUGGAGAGUCAUGAUGUGGCUGCGUUGGUUGUUGGGAGGACAUGCUAGAUGGUAGAAUCUGGUUCAUCUGAGGAUGUCCAGUGAAUGCUCGGUUCAGAAUCAGUCAUGAUUCUAGCCUAUCACGGAGUGACUUCCUUUAAGACCUGCAUACAAACGAAUGGUAUCUAUCCAACGCAUCUCGAAGCUCAAAGGGUGC